AUGGCUUUCACUAAGCAUAUUCUUGUCAUUCUUGUUCUUCUUGGCAUCUUCAACAUAUGCAAUGCUCAAGGGCUGAAGCUCGGCUUCUACAAGAAGACAUGUCCGCCCGCUGAGGCGAUCGUUAAACGGGAAACUGCUCGUAUAAUUUCUGUUGCUCCAACUCUUGCCGCCCCUCUGCUGAGAAUGCAUUUACUGCCCCGUAUAUUAAGGGGGGGUUGCGAUGGUUCGGUGCUGUUGAAUUCAACCGGAAACAAUCAAGCUGAGAAGGAUGCAUUUCCAAAUCUAUCCCUUAGAGGGUUCGGAUCAAUCGACAGAGUGAAAUCUGCGGUGGAGAAGAAGUGCCCUGGUGUUGUUUCUUGUGCUGAUAUCCUAGCUUUGGUUGCUCGUGAUGCAGUUUCCCUUCUAAAUGGACCUUUCUGGCCAGUACCCUUGGGAAGAAGAGAUGGGAGAGUGUCAAACAGCUCUGAGGCGUUGGCCAAUCUUCCACCUCCUUCUUUCAACAUCACUCAAUUGAAAUCAUCAUUUGCCUCAAAGGGCUUGAGUACAAAGGACCUCGUAGUUUUGUCAGGAAGCCACACUAUUGGAACAUCUCACUGCUCCAGCUUCACCAGCCGUUUGUACAACUUCACCGGUAGGGGUGACAGUGACCCGUCGUUGGACUCAAACUACGUUGCUCAAUUGAAGAGGAAGUGCAGCGCAACAGACACCACAACACUCGUGGAGAUGGAUCCCGGAAGCUUCAAAACGUUUGACGAAGGUUAUUACACCCUUGUAACCAAAAGAAGAGGGCUUUUUACAUCUGAUUCAGCUCUUCUGGAUGAUGGUGAGACGAGGGCUUACGUUAGGCGUCAAGCUACCUUUAAGGGAUCAACUUUCCUCAAAGACUUUGCCAAGUCCAUGGUGAAAAUGGGCAAGAUUGGUGUCCUAACUGGGAACCAAGGUGAGAUUAGGAGAAGAUGUGCUUUUGUUAAUUAA